GGCAGGGUAGGGGUAGUCAGGGAGCGAAGCACACGUACGUGGCGCUCGCCAUCUCGAACCGCCAAUGGCGUCGUCCCCGCCGCGGCCGGCGUCGGCGGCCGCGCAUCGCCGGCGCAUCCAGGCCCCGCCGCCGUCCGCGGUGGCCUACCUUUCCGCGGCGGUCGCGCUCCUCGUCCUCGCUGCCGUCGCGUUCUCCCGCGCCGGCCCCAGCUUCCCGCACCCGCCCGCCACCCGCCGCUGCCGCCCCGACGCCGAGGGCUCCUGGUCCGCCGGAGUCUUCCUCGGCGACUCCCCGUUCUCUCUCGAGCCCAUCGAACACUGGGGGAUCUCGAAGGCUGACGGCGCCGCGUGGCCUGUGGCGAACCCGGUGGUGACGUGCGCCGACGUGGAGGAGUCCGGGUUCCCCAGCAGUUUCGUCGCCAAGCCCUUCCUCUUUCUCCAGGGGGAUGCCAUCUAUUUGUUCUUUGAGACGAAGAAUCCCAUAACAUCACAAGGCGACAUUGCUGCUGCCGUGAGCAAGGACGCCGGGGCAACGUGGCAGCAGUUGGGAGUAGUGUUAGAUGAGGAAUGGCAUCUUUCGUACCCAUAUGUGUUUAGCUACAAAAACAAGGUUUAUAUGAUGCCCGAAAGCAGUAAGAAUGGCGAUCUUCGUCUGUAUCGUGCAUUAGAUUUUCCACUUAAAUGGAAAAUGGACAAGGUCCUUUUGAAGAAGCCACUGGUAGAUUCAGUCAUCGUAAAAUUCCAGGGUCCCUAUUGGCUCCUUGGAACAGAUUUAAGUUCUAAUGGUGCAAAACAGAAUAAAGAGCUCAGUAUUUGGUACAGCAAUUCUCCACUUGGUCCUUGGAUCCCGCACAAGCAGAAUCUGAUUCAUACAACAGGCAACAGGUUAGGUGCUAGAAAUGGAGGCAGGCCAUUCAUUUACAAUGGCAAUCUCUAUCGUGUUGGUAAAGGCCAAGGGGGUGGGUCUGGCCAUGGUAUCCAGGUGUUCAAAGUUGAAGUCCUAAAGCCAAAUGAAUACAAAGAAGUUGAGGUCCCGUUUGUGAUCAACAAGCAACUCAAGGGCCAGAAUGCGUGGAAUGGAGCACGCUCCCAUCACCUUGAUGUCCAGCAGCUUCCAUCAGGUCAGCUUUGGAUUGGGGUAAUGGAUGGUGACAGAGUACCUUCAGGUGACGCAUUUCACCGUCUGACCACAGGUUACAUGCUUUAUGGAGUUGUUCUUAUACUAGUUCUUCUUCUUGGUGGACUUAUUGGUGCAAUUAACUGUGCCUUACCACUCAGAUGGUGUCUCCCGCAUACUGAGAAAAGGAGUGGGCUCUUCAAUGUAGAGCAGAGGUUCUUUCUGUACCAUAAGCUAUGCUCUCUGAUUUCCAAUUUGAGCAAACUGGGAUCUCUUAUUGGUGGAAGGAUUAACUACAGAACAUGGAAAGGGAAAGUUUAUGUAGUUGUAGUAGUGUUAAUUUUAGUGGUUGUAACAUGUGUUGGAACUCACUAUAUCUAUGGAGGCAAUGGUGCAGAAGAACCAUAUCCAGUCAAGGGCAAGUACUCACAGUUCACAUUGUUGACUAUGACCUAUGAUGCCCGUCUUUGGAAUCUGAAGAUGUUUGUGGAGCAUUAUUCCAAAUGUGCAUCGGUGAGGGAUAUUGUAGUGGUUUGGAAUAAAGGGCAGCCCCCAGCUCAAGCUGAAUUGAAUUCAGUCGUUCCUGUUAGGAUUAGAGUUGAGGAUAAGAACUCUUUGAACAACAGAUUCAAUCUAGACAGUGAAAUUAAGACAAGAGCUGUUAUGGAGCUUGAUGAUGAUAUUAUGAUGACAUGUGAUGACUUAGAGCGUGGGUUCAAGGUGUGGAGGGAACACCCUGACAGGAUAAUUGGGUACUAUCCACGCCUUUCCGAAGGCAGCCCACUGGAAUACCGCAAUGAGAGGUAUGCUCGGCAACAAGGACGUUAUAACAUGGUACUGACAGGCGCGGCAUUUAUGGAUCACGGUGUGGCCUUCAAGAGGUAUUGGAGCAAGGAGGCUGAAGUAGGAAGGCAGAUUGUAGACAGUUUCUUCAAUUGUGAGGAUGUCCUUCUAAAUUUCUUGUUUGCAAAUGCAAGCUUGACAAGCACAGUGGAGUAUGUAAAGCCAGCUUGGGCAAUUGAUAUGUCUAAAUUCUCAGGAGUAGCCAUUAGUCGAAACACACAAGCGCAUUAUCAUGUUAGGAGCAAAUGCCUUGCAAAAUUUUCAGAAAUGUACGGAAAUUUAACUGAUAAGAGGUUCUUUAACAGCCGAGGUGACAGCUGGGAUGUAUAGUGACACAAUAUUAGUGGAUAGGUUUGUUCCUGAGACUCAAAUAGAUUGAUUACCAAGUUUAUUAAUCGAGGAGGCAGGGGGAUGACUAGAUCGGGAGGAAUUAUGUAAUUAUUCAGCAAUGUAUCCUGUUGUGGUUCU